CUCUGCGACGCAAAACGCGUGGUGGAGGCGGGGCAGAAUAUUUGAAAGUGGCGGGCAAGACGAGAUCCAUGGCAGGCACCGACCGAAGUUCUCUUUUGAGAUAACAAUAGUCAAACGUUCAGUCUAGAUUUCUUACGACAACUGGUGUGGUUAUAUGCGUUUUAUGAACUGACAAUCCUUAUUCUUUCGUCUGAAAAAAUAGUUUUUUGACAAUUUUAGCAAGCUAGAGGCACACACAUUUUAGCUAACGUUAGCUAGCCACUGUACAGCUCAUUGCAGGGGUGAAGAUCAACGUCUUGUCAGACCCUAAGCAUGACAAAGGAGGAUGAUAAGUCGAUCCCUGUGCGGGUUGCCCUGCGGUGUCGACCUUUGGUUGCUAAAGAAAUCAACGAGGGUUGCCAGACCUGUCUCACUUUCGUGCCAGGGGAGCCACAGGUGGUUGUUGGCACUGAAAAGGCGUUCACAUACGAUUUUGUAUUUGAUCCUACAACUGAACAAGAGGAAGUCUUCAACAGUGCUGUUUCACCAUUAUUGUGUGGUCUUUUUAAAGGCUAUCAUGCUACUGUGCUUGCAUAUGGACAGACUGGUUCAGGGAAGACCUUUUCUAUGGGAGGAACAUACACCUCGGCCCAGGAGAAUGAGCCCACCGUUGGAGUCAUCCCCAGGGUGGUCAGAAUGAUCUUCCAGGAAAGGGAGAAGCAUGCCGAUUGUGAAAUCUCUCUUACAGUGUCUUAUCUGGAGAUAUACAAUGAAGAGAUCCUGGACUUGCUCUGUCCAUCGGCAUCCAAAGAUAAACCAUCAACCAUCAACAUUCGGGAGGACCCCAAAGAGGGCAUAAAGAUUGUGGGCCUGACUGAGAGACAGGUGAUGUCUGCCCAUGAGAUGGUAGGUUGCUUGGAGCUGGGGAACUCAGCCCGCACUGUGGGCUCUACUGCGAUGAAUGCUGCCUCGUCUCGCUCCCAUGCAAUAUUCACCAUCACCCUGGAGCAGCGCAGGGGUGCAGACAAAUCUGACAAUGUGGUGUCAAAACUACACCUGGUGGAUCUGGCUGGCUCUGAGAGACAGAAAAAGACCAAAGCUGAGGGAGAUCGUCUGAAGGAAGGCAUCAGCAUCAACCGAGGCCUGCUCUCCCUGGGAAACGUGAUCAGCGCCCUCGGUGACGAGAGCAAGAAAGGCACCGGCUUUGUGCCCUACAGGGACUCUAAACUAACCAGACUGCUGCAGGAUUCAUUGGGAGGUAACAGCCACACCUUGAUGAUCGCCUGCAUCAGCCCUGCAGACUCCAACAUUGAGGAGACGAUAAACACGUUGCGUUACGCUGACAGAGCCCGCAAGAUAAAAAACAAACCUGUGGUCAACGUGGACCCUCGAACUGCUGAAAUGAAACACCUGAAGCAGCAGGUUCAGGAGCUACAGGUGAUGCUUCUGCAUGCACGUGGAGGUGUGUCACCAGUGCUUUCUGGGUCUGAGCCAGCGGAGAACAUGUCUAAGAUCCUGGAGCGGACCCAUACCCUACAGGAUGAGAACAAUAAGCUGAGCCGUGCGCUGAGCGAGGCAGCUGGCCAGACUGCCCUGAUGCUUGAGAGGAUCAUCAUGACGGAUCAAGCAAAUGAGAAGCUGCAAAGCAAACUGGAAGAGUUGAGGCAGCAUGCAGCGUGUAAGGUGAACCUGCAGAGGGUGAUGGAGACUCUGGAGGACCAGGAGCUGAAGGAGAAUGUGGAAGUGAUCCAGAAUCUGCAGCACGUCAUCCUGCAGCUCCAGGAUGAGAGUGCUGGCCUUGCUGCCACCAUUGAGGCGUUGGCUGCAGACUGUGGGGCUGAAGGAGAGGACAGCCCGGAUGGGCCAGGGAGUGGCAGCAGGACCCCAACUGAUGGCUCUCCUUCAGCUGCUGCUGACAAGGACUCUUCAGAGGCCUUCACUACCCAGCAUGCCCUGCGUCAGGCUCAGAUGUCCAAGGAGUUGAUUGAGCUCAACAACGUUCUGGCUCUGAAGGAGGAGUUUGUCAGGAAGAUGUGCCAGAACGACAGCCACCUGGAGCCUAUGCAGACUGAACACCAGAAUAACAUCAAGAGCCUGCAGACAUCAGUGGGCUCUCUGCAGAAGGAAAAGGAGGAUCUCAUCCAGGCUCUCCAAUCUGCCAAGAAGGAUGUCAAUCAGGCUAAGCUGAGUGAGCAACGGAGAAAGCGUCUGCAAGAGCUGGAGGCUCAGAUCACAGACAUGAAGAAGAAGCUCCAGGAGCAGUCCAAACUCCUCAAGGUCAAAGAGUCCUCUGUUCGCAGUGUGGCCAAGCUCAACCAUGAGAUCCAGGCUAUGAAGACUCAGCGUGUACAGCUGAUGAGGCAGAUGAAGGAGGACUCUGAGAAGUUCAGAGUGUGGAAGAACAAGAAGGACAAGGAGGUGCUUCAGCUCAAGGAGAAGGACCGUAAACGUCAGUUUCAGAUGGUGAAGCUUGAGAGUGACUUCCAGAAGCAAGCUAAUGUCUUACGUCGUAAAACUGAGGAGGCCGCAGCAGCCAAUAAGCGUCUGAAGGAUGCCCUACAGAAGAGGAGUGAGGUGGCAGAGAAACGAAAGGAUAUCCAUUACAGAGGGAUGGAGGGAGCAGCCGGGAGAGUGAAGACCUGGCUCCUGAACGAGGUGGAGGUGCUGGUGAGCACAGGGGAGGCGCGGCGCCACCUGCAGGACCUGCUGGAGGACAGGAAGAUCCUGGCAGAGGAGAUCUCCCAACUUAAACAACAGAUGGAGGCAGGGGAGCGGCCUGCUACCAAAGUCAGGCGUCGGACCCUCAUCAUCUCAGAGCUGGAGAGUCAGGGAGAGUUGGAGGCGUCUCUCAGCAAACAGGUGGACAAUCUGGGGACAGAAAUAAACCUCAGGAGUGCCCAGAUAGCUGACCUACAACAGAAGGUUCUGGAUGCAGACAAUGAGGGGCGCUUGAAGCAACGCUGGGACAACAUCACUACUAUGGUGGAGGCCAAGUGUGCCCUCAAGGUCCUCAUGUCAGAGCUGGUGUCUGCCAAAACGACCAGUUCUACGCUGGAGAGCGAGCUAAAGCAGGAGAAAAGCAACGUGCUGGACCUUCAGAAGACGCUGUGUGACGAGAGGAAACUGAUGUCUACCAUGGACAUGGAGCACCAGCACCACCUGGUGGAGCUGGAGCAGAUGCACCAGGAGAAGGUCCUGUACCUCCUGGGUCAGCUGCAGAGCAAGGAGAGCAAGUCAGUGGAGAAAAAACAGGAGGAGGAGACUUCAAAAAGAGAGAGGGAGCUUCUGCAGCGCCUCAAGUUCCAGGAGGAUGAGAUUGAAAAGAUGCGAGAAUUGAAUGAGCAAAACCAGAGGCUGAUGGAUGAAAAUGAACAAUACAAACAGAAACUAACACUGCUCCAGUUGGCCAGUGGGAAAAAGAUCAACAACCUAUUGCCAACAUCCACUCAGUCCCCAGAUGACUCCUUUGAGUACAUCCCGCGUAAGCAGCCUAAAGGCCGGCGUUUCACUACAGCCAGGGCUCCCCUGAAGAUGGCCAUUGACUUGGAGGAGCUAGAGUCUCCCUCAGAGUCAGAGGAGGUUGAGUGGUGCCCUGAGAAGAAUGAGAGUGGCCGUAACAGAAAGAGCUCCAAUGUCAAAAAACCCAAGGCUACAGGGUGUGCCUGUAAGGGUCGCUGUGGCAACAAGCUGUGCCGGUGCCGUAAGGGAAAGAUGAGCUGUGGGGAGAACUGCCAGUGUGACCAUGAGAAGUGUCGCAACAUGGACAACCAGACGUCCAGUAUAGACUCCAGCGAGGUCACCGACGAUGGGUCCAAAGAUUUAGUUUCUAUUCCUCAAGACCCCACAGCCGUUAGCCCUGGUGACGCCACGUUCUUUAAACCACCUUGUGUCACUCCCACCAAGCUUGUGAGGAAGAGUGUCUCUGUCGAGGAGGAGGAAGAGGAAGAUGAGGAGGAUGAAGAAAGGAACACAGCCAGCUUCUUGAAGAAGAAAAAACGAGUCCUUACUAGCUUCCAGAACAGCUUUUUCUCUGGAUGUACGCCCAUCAGGGAAGAGUCUUAAGGUGGGAAAGGCAUACUAGUAUAGACAAGACAUGUAAGAUCUUAGCCUCUGCUAUAGGAUAGUCCUUUUAUCUGUUUGUUUUUUCAGUGUUUUGUUGGUCAUUUUUCAAUGUCUUUUAAAUGUCCUCAUUUACGUUCCUUGUAAUAAAGUGUAGCAAUUGAUUCUAAAUAAGACAUCACUCUUUUAUCGGUCUAAAUCUUAGAGGGCACAGAAAUUCACUUCCUGUGAACUGCCGUAAAUGGCCUAAUUAUGAGGGCUAAAAUACAUUUAACGAGACUAUUUUUAAUUAGACAAUCAUACUAGGGAAUUAUUUGUCACUUGAAAUAUAAAUGUUUAAUAGUUGAAUGUAACUGAUUUUCUAUCAAUAGAAAUGGAUCAUUUUUUAAUAUAUUUUUUUGUUAUCAUAAAUUGAAUAAUUCAUGAUUUUAAUUUUCUGUGGAAGAUUGGAACAAAUAAACAUAGUUAAUAAAUCAAA